AUGGUGGCAGAUUCACUUAAUGCAUCCAAAUACGAUCAAGCCCUACAGAUUGGACGAUUUAUAAAAACUAAAGAACUCAAAGAUCAAAUUGAGUUGAUGGACGGAUACGAGGAAUAUGACUGGGAUAAUCUACGUGCCUCAAUGAUUGAAUCAUGGGGUUAUGAAUCUACAAUUCUAUAUACAACAACCAACCUAGUGACCAAGUCUCAUGAUUUCAAAUUUGUGCUCUGGAGCUCUGGAAUCCAAAAAUAG